AUGAGAUUCCACUCUACCUCCCUGUUACAACUUUUCAUUAUAUGGAGUUGUAUAGCUUAUGGUAAAGUAACAUGUAAUAAUGGAGUAACAUUUUAUGUGCAAAAUAAAUGCUCAUUUCCGAUUUGGCCGGCUGUUGCCCCCAACUCCGGCCAUCCCGUGCUAGCCUCCGGUGGUUUUUACCUACCAUGCGGAGAUACCAGACGUAUCGAUGUUCCUUGGGGUUGGAGUGGUCGUAUUUGGGCUAGAACAGGCUGUGACUUUGCUUCCAACAAUCAAGUAUGUGAAACAGGUGAUUGUGGUGGACGUUUGGAGUGCAACGGACUGAUUGGAAAACCUCCAGUGACUCUUAUACAAAUUGCGGUACAAGCUGACAAAUCCAAACCUACUUUCUAUGAUGUAAGCCUCGUCGACGGUUAUAACCUCCCCGUCGCAGUGAACUCCAAACCAGUAUCAUCUAAAUGCUCCAUCUUAGGUUGUCAUAAAGAUCUCAAAACCACAUGUCCCGAAGAACUACAGGUUUUGAACGGAGAGGGACGAGUCGUGGCAUGCAAGAGUGCAUGCUUAGCGUUUGAUAACGACAGGUUCUGUUGUCGGAAUGCGUACGGGACGCCGGAAAAGUGCAAAAGGACUACGUACUCUAUGUUGUUUAAAGAAGCUUGUCCCAAUUAUUACACUUAUGCCUACGACACACCUCCUCCUUUGGUCACUUGCUCCGCCAAAGAAUACCUUAUCACGUUUUGUCCGUCAGGUUGGGGUCAUAGCUCCACGUAA